AUGGGCCCUACCAGGGGCGGCAGCGACCCCAGGGGCCUUCCCAGCGGCGACAACGACUCCAGGGUCUCUCCCAGGGGCCCACUCAGGGCUGGUGGCGCCCCCAUGGACCCUGCCAGAGGCGGUGGUGCCUCCAGAGACACCUUCAGGGAUAGAGGCGCCACCAAGAACCUUUCCAGGGACCCUCCCAUAGGCGGCGGCGCCCCCAGUGAGCGUUUCUUGGUCGGUGGCUCCCUCAGGGAACCUUCCAGGGAUAGUGGCUCUCCCAGGGACCCUUUCAGAAGUGGUGGGGCCCCUAGGGACCCUCCCAGAGAUCUUCCCAGUGACAGCGGCACUCCCAGGGACCCUCACAGGGACGGCGGCGCCCCCAGAAACUCUCCGAGGAGCGGAGGAGUCCACAUGGGCCCUGCCAGGGGUGUUGGCCCUUCCAAUGGUGGUGGCAUUCCCAAGGCCCCACUCAGGUGUGGCAGCACCCCCAGGGAACCUCCCAGAGGCAUUGGCAACCCCAGGGACACCUUUAGGGACAUAGGCACCCCUUGGAACCUUCUCUGGGACCCUCUCAAGUGUGGUGGCACCCUCAAGGAUUGUCCCAGGGGUGAUGGCGCCCUCAGGGACCCUCUCAUGGGUUGUGGUGCCCCUAGGAACCCCGCCAGUGAUGGAGGUACGGCUAGCAUCCCUCCCAGGGACCCUUCCAGUGACAGCGGCACCACCAAGGACUCUUGCAGGGGCAGCGGAUCUCCAAGGACCCUCUCAGGGACAGCGAUGCCCCCAGGAACCCUCCGAGGGGUGGUGCCUUCCAGGGACCCUAGCAAAGAUCCCCAGGUGCCCUACGGCAUGCUUGUUCAUUGUGUCAUAUAUAUUACAUACUUCCAGAAGUUCCUUACUGAGCUAUGA